AUCAAUGAAAGCGGCGUCGAAAGUUGGCCGCAGAGGCCAAAACGUGCCAGUAGCCCUUUGCAGUUAGAUUUCGUAUUAGAUAGGCAACAAAUUUGAAUACUUGGCUCGAAUUAAGUCAGGUUAGGCUUUUGUGUGAAAUUUGAUUGGUGCGUGUUUAGAAUUAAACGAACAUGUUCCGUCCGCAAAGCUCGAUGUCUCGCAAUGAGUCCGAUAUGGCCUCAAAAAGUAUGCGAAAACUGAGAGCUCUGGGAGCAUCGGCCGAUCCGGUCGAACGUCUCAGGCUGAUCUGUCUAUCGAGAGGAGCGACCGGCAUUUUGGGAUUGGGAAGAAUGUUUCGACGAAUGGACGACGAUGGUAAUAAACAAUUAAAUUUGGAGGAGUUUAUCAAGGGUCUCAGAGAUUCUGGAAUGGAGGUUACGGACGACGAAGCGAAAGCCUUGUUCGAUAAAUUUGAUGCCGACAGAAGCGGAGGAAUUAAUAUGGACGAAUUUUUAAUUGCGAUACGUCCGCCCAUGUCCGAAUCAAGAAAAAAGGUUAUCAACGAAGCCUUUCAGAAAAUGGAUAAGACCCAAGAUGGCGAAAUUACUAUAGACGAUCUUAGAAAUGUGUACAAUAUUAAACACAAUCCUAGGUAUAUCUCUGGAGAGGAAACUGAAGAGCAAAUACUUACAAAAUUCCUAGCCAAUUUUGAAGAUGAGUCCACGAAAGAUGGCCAUGUAACACUGGAAGAAUUUUUAAACUACUAUAGCGGAAUAAGUGCGUCAAUCGACAGUGAUGGCUACUUUGACUUAAUGAUGCGACAGUCGUACAAAUUGUAAAGAGAUGUACACUAACAACCCUUUAGCUUUUCUAACCCUUUACAAUGUAGGUGUAUGACCUAUAUCCCAAUUCAAGUAUUACUUACUGUUCGUUCACUACUGUGAUUUCGCUUAUUUCUAAUUUGUGAUAUCAAUUGAAGGUUUACAUUGGUCAAAUGUUAGGUAGCACGUGAUAUAUGUAUUAUAAUGAUCCAAUUACACAUACCUAUAGAAAAUGUUUAAAAAAUGAUUAAAGCUUACCUAUUAAAGCGCUAAAAUUUUUAGAUAUUUGUUUGCUUAUUUGUUUAGUAACGCAAAUGCUGUUUGCUGUAAUUGAUUCAUUGUUUGCCAAAGAAUGAAAGAAACAUUAAUAAAACGCUAAGUAGAUACUAUUA